AUGCCACGAAAUCCAGGUUUAGUUUAUCUUCAUUAUGAUGAUCUUGGUAUAGUUCCUCCAUUUAAACAACCAAGAGUUAAAUGCAAAUAUUGUCCUCAUACUUGUAAUAAAGCACUCAACAAAUGCAAAUCACAUUUAAAAAAUUGUCCUAAAAUUGAUAAUGAAACUUACCAAUCCUAUUUUGGUCAUUCAAAAAUAACAUCUUCACAAGUUGCUUCUCAUUUAUUAAUUAAUACUUCAAAAAAAACACUACAAAAUAGAAAUAUUAAGAAUUUUUUUGACAAUAUUACAACAAAUGAACAAGAUAACCUUGAAUUCGGAUUUGCAGAAGCUGUCUUUCAAUGUGGUCUUCCUUUUUCAUUUUGUGAACUA